CUCUAAUAGCCUCGUGUUCAAUGGCGGUAUCGAGUUUCGAAGAUUGUACAAGGAUCUCUAUCCCGCUGCCACCAAAUGGAAAAAGAUUGGGAUAGAGCUUGGCUGUCCCCCGGAGCAACUGGACUUGAUCGAGAGGAAACCAAGCAACAGAGACGAUUCUGAUUAUCUUCGUGAUAUGUUGCACUAUAGACAAAGAAGAACGGAGCCGUCAGAACUCACGUGGGAGGUUAUUUACAGGGCUUUGCUGUCUAGCAUUGUAGGAGAGUCUAAAUUGGCCAAGCGAAUAGCUCAAGACCACUGUCCAUAUCUACUCGAAAGUAGGGGCGCAGAUUUACAUAUUGGACAAGAGGCAGCGGAUAAUGUCUUCGCUAUGACUGGGGUGAAUAUCAAAGUGCUAUCAGCCAGUCUGGUGGGAGCAGUUGUCGCCCUGGCUUCUGUACUCUUUGUUCUUCUAAUACCGUAUAGCACUCACACCACUAAUGGUACGUAUAAUUAUACCUUAACAAUUUCACAAACUCUGUCAUUUGGUAACAAUGUCCAUGCUCCAGCUCCAAUGUCAAUUAACCCUAAAGAACAUCAAUUCAGUAGUAUUGUUCCACUGCACCGGUACUGGAAAUUGGAAAAGACUGACCACUUCUAUACCAUUAAUGACAAUGAGAUCGGAACCAUAGAAUAUGGACAGAUUGGAAAACAUGGCUAUGUUUAUGAAGGUAUCCAAUGCCAAAUCUAUGAGGAAGAAGUUGAGCAUUCAGUACCUCUCUAUCGCUACUGGAAAAGUGCUAACAGUGAUCACUUUUACACUACAAACCCAAAAGAAAUUGGAACGGUUACCCCUGGAGAGAUUGGCAAUCAUGGGAGUGAAGGCAUAGUUGGAUACUGUUUCCCCACUGAAAAAGAAGGCACAGUUCCACUUUACCGCUACUGGAACCCAAAGAUUGUGGAUCACUUCUAUACCACAAAUGGAAUCGAAAUCGGGACUGUGACACCUGGAGAGACAGGAAAGGGAUAUAUCUCAGAGGGGGUGGUCUGCUAUGUCGAUCCAUGAACCGGUGCAAAGGAUCUUUCAGAAUGGGAGCCUACCUAGUUGUCUGACCUUGCCUCUUUCAGCAGCUGUACUGUUGCGCGCAUGAUCACAUCUGCGCAUGCGCGUAUAACAAGCGGUCGAUUUAGAGAGCACUUCAUCGGCCUCUCGUCCCGGCCCAACAGAAACGGCGCGCUAUACCGUUUGCAAGCUGGCUAUAGAGCCAGCCGACUGGAACAGGGAAAGUGAUCGAGUACUAUAUGCGAAAUGUCUUCUGCCAGAUUCCGAUUCCUCUAUCGCGCCAUCCGCUCCUCUCCUGGUGCUGGAAACGGCGUGGAAGUGACGCCACCUCGUGGUGCUACAGUCGGGAGACAUCUCCACUCGGUUAUUCGUGGAAUCCGCGGAGUGAUCUUCGACAUGGACGGAACGCUGACGGUCCCCGUGCUGGAUUUCGUGGAGAUGCGGUCCAGACUGGGCCUGCCUCAGGGCGCGGAUAUACUCCCAACUGUGAUGAGAAUGCCAGCUGCGCAGCGAGCGCAGGCAAUGAGGACCAUAGAAGAGCUUGAAGAAGAAGCCUCCAGGAGGUUGGAGUUGCAGCCAGGGGUCCUGGAUCUCCUCCACAUGCUGAUCCAGUCCGGAGUGGAGAGGGCUGUCGUGACCAGGAACUCUCCGGAGGCGGCACAGGUGUUCCUGGACAAGCUGCACCAGGAACUGGCUGACAGGAGACACCUCUAUCCUCUCCUGGAACCCAACCAAAUUUUCUCUCAGGUACUAACUCGAGACUUCACACCGUGUAAGCCAGACCCGGCAGCUGUGUACCAUAUUUGCAGGCAGUGGGGGGUGGAGCCUGCAGACGUUGUGUUCAUUGGAGAUGAUGCCACUGAUAUGAGGUGCUGUCGAAACGCCGGAGCAGCAGCCUCAGAGGAGCUGAAGGAGCUCAUCUCCACGGCUCUGAAGGGAUCUCUGAGGUACAUCAAGAUCAGCAUCGAGAAUGAGAAGCUGGUACCAGAUGGCAGUUCAACAACCUCCGGGUCAUGGGAAGAUGAUCUGGACUCCAUGAUCCAGCCCCAGCUCUUUGAGGACAAGCCCUGUUACAUCUUCUACAGACUGGAUGAGAGAAACUCCUACCAAAACUACCUCUGGGUCUUCAUGUCUUACACUCCCGACAAUGCCAAGGUUAGGGACAAGAUGCUGUAUGCAGCUACAAAGGCCACAGUAAGGAAGGCGUUCCAGUCAGGAGUUGUUGUUGACGACAUUGCCGCCACCACCAAGGAUGAGUUGUCAUUGGCUGGGUACCGCCGUCACCUGGAGAGUCAGAAGGCUGCCCCUCCUCUCUCUCAGACUGAAGUGGCUCUUCAAGAACUCCAGCUGAAUGAGGACCGUGUUGAUGUUGGAACAGCGACACGGCAGAGUCAUCUCCAUGGAGUGGCCUUCCCCAUCGACCAAAAUGCCCUCCAGGCACUCCAGCAGCUCGGGAACAAGGAACUUGCCUACGUCCGACUGGCAGUGGAGAUGUCGAAGGAGCGUAUCUACCUGGACACCAAGAAGGAGAGUAUGACGGCUGACGGACUGUCGGCAGUGGUCCCUGAUGGCCACCCCAGUUAUCACUUCUUCCUCUUCAAACACACGUUCGAGGGUGACUACCAGGAGAGCAUAGUGUUUAUCUAUUCGUGUCCCGGGUUCAAGAGCAGUAUCAAGGAGCGCAUGCUCUACUCUUCUUGCAAGGAGCCACUGGUGUCUGUAGUAGAGGACAGCCUCAAGAUCGAAGUUGUAAAAAAGAUUGAGAUAGACAGUGGGAAGGACCUGAGUGAGGCUUACAUCAUGGAGGAGGUCCACCCCUCCCAGCAGGCUUACCGGCCAAAGUUCAUGAAGCCGCCGGGUCCAGCUAGGAGACGGUCUCGCUCACCAGCCAAGAACAACCACUCUGACAUUGCCUGAACCUCUGUCCCUGUGUGUGUCUAGCAAUGAUCGUGUUUUUGUUGUUCUAGAGAGUGUACAUAAUAAUUUAUUAUUUUGACUUAGGAAACAGUAGCUACAUCAUCAAUUUCACAUCCAUACUUACUCUUUGAGCUAGCCAUGAAAAU